AUGUCCCUGGUUGACCAGAGCCAGCAGUCGUUCCCCACCAGCGUGCAGGUAACGGUGCACCAGGCUCGGAACCUUCGCUCCAAGGGAAAGAAUGGCACCAGCGACGCCUAUGCCAUCAUCCAGGUGGCCAAAGACAAGUUUUCUACCUCGGUUAUUGAGAAGAGUACGGCUCCGGUAUGGAAAGAGGAGGCUUCGUUCGGCCUGCCACUCUUCCACCCGGGGAACGUCGACCGCUGCACUCUGUACAUCAUAGUCAUGCACCGAGUCCAGGCCGGUCUUGACAAGUUCCUGGGCCAAGCCGUCGUCAAUUUAGUGGAGCUGCACGAAAACAAGGCUCGACAAAAGCCAGAUUGGUUCCCAUUGGUGAACAAGAGUGGAAAGGCGGACAAGGUGCGAGGCGAUGUACUGCUGGGCAUCACCUUCCUGCGGAACAAUAUAUCAGCUAGUAUGGUGGACCUUUCUAUUCAGGACAAGCCUAAGUCCCGCAUGUCCAAGUUGAAAGAUAAAGUGCGUUUGAAGAAAAAAGACAGCUUCUCUGACUCUGGCUCAGCUAUGAGCCAUGUCCUGACAGACAGCGACGGAGACCGCGAUUCACUCUCCUCCAAUCAAACUCAAGGAGAGAAAAAAAAAUCAAAGCUCAAGAACCUCUUUGCACCCAAAUCCAACUUGCACAGGAAUUCCUCCCAGUCCAUGUCUACUCUAGGGACUCUUCCGAGCAAGAAUUCUUCUCUUAGUGGGAGCCGCUCAUCUGGCAUCAACGUAGAAACCCCUGAAGUCAAGAAGAAAUUCAAAUUUCUUGGACAUAAGCGAAGCGGUAGUUCUGACAGCAAGGUGUCUCUGGGUGCAUUAUCCUUACUGAGCCGACCCAAGCGCAGCAACAGUGACCUAAACAACCCUAGCAUUAACAGCGCUCAAGUGAAUGCAGAAGAGACUGAGGCAAGAAGCGGCUCUACUCUUAGUUUGAACAGCUCCGGCCAAGGAUCUAUGGAGAAUGUACCUCAGCAGACCACCAGUGUCUUGGCAGCCAAGAGUAAACCGGUGCUUUUGUUUAGAUCCGAGACUCGAGAUAGGCUAAGGAUGGAAGAACAGCGACGUCAAGAAGAAGAGGAAAGAAACCAGAUUGAAGCCAUGAGAUUGCAGGAGGAACAGGAGAGACACAAGCGCCUGCUGGAGGAAGAAGAUCGUAAACAGAACGAAGAAUACGAAAGGAACGGGCGCUUUCUUGAAGAUGAAGCGAGAAGAGUGAAACAGAGCGAGGAAGAGGAAGAAGAACGCAGGAACCGGGAAAUAACUGAGGAUGAGGAGUGCCGCCAACUGGAGGAGAUAAAGAACGAAGAACAGAAAACUCAAGGGGAGACUUCCAUGAGUGAAAGGCUCUCGUCUCUGUUUGGGAUCAUAAAAAAGAAAGAGGAAAGAAAGGAGGAGGCACCGCAGCAUACUGAAGAAGUGACCACACAAGCUCAUCACAAUGAUACAAGAGAUCAGCAAGUCCUCAAUGCCAAGAGCUCGUCUGAGAAUAUUUCUUUUAGUUCUACCAAUCAAUUUAGUGACAGUGAAAGUCCAUCUGAUGAGCAGAAAUCCAGCGCUAGUGAACAAACCUCUUCAACCAAUCACUUCCUGAAUCGUACUGCAAGAGUCUCCCCAAGAUUGACUCAUUCUUUGGACACUGAAUCAUCCUCUGAGAGCCACCAAGUGGAAUACUCUGAUCCUCAAACCACUUAUCGUCCAGUGGAUCAGCAGUGGUCUUCCCCAAGUGCUUCUGAAUCUACCCUCUCUAGUCUACCGUAUGACUAUCCCUAUACUUUCUCCAACCUACAUUCAUCCUUGGCUCCUCUGAGAUUAAGGGAAAGUCCGACCGGUUCCACGUCUAAAAGUCUAACUGGUUCCCCUUGUGAAAGCCCUCCUAGUUCCCCUCGUGAAAGGCCUCUGUUUAAAAGUGUACCAGGAAUUCCCGCUGAAAGUCUGCCUGGAUCUCGGCCAGGUUCUCCAGCUGAAUGUCUGCCUGGAUCCCCAGCUAAAAGUUUGCCCCAAUCCCCAGCUAAAAGUCCGCUUGGAUCCCCAUCCAGAAGUCCACCUGGUUCCCCUUCUUAUAGUGUAGACAACGUGUCUUCACCCACAAUGGCUGAUAAGACUGGAAGAUCCCCCUUACCGCCCUUGUAUCCCAUAUAUGAGUCCCAGGCUGAUAAAACUCUGAGUCCAGAUCGAGAAGUACUGAACCUCAGACAGAAAGAUGGAUCUCAACAGGGCAAAAAAUUAUCCCUUCCACUUCCUGAUUAUGAAACCUUAUUCCCGCAGAAGAGGCAUGGGGUACAGGGGCACACUCGAUGGGAUCAUAUCAUUGCUGAAGUCAAUCAAAGAAACAUGGACUUUACACCAGAGCUUACCGGUCCAGAGAUGAGUGUGGACGGCCCAGCUGACUCGGGGCAGGCUGAACUUUCAUAUUCAGAAGAGAGUUCUGCUGUGGGGCAUUUUCGAACACAUCAGCAGGAAAGCAAACUUCGUUCAUCAAAAAAAACAGCAGCCCCUCCUCCACCAAAGCAAGUUUUAACAAUGCACAGAACUGCUGAUAUGCAAAAUAAUGACAAACUUACAAAAGAGAGUUUCUCAGAAAUAUCACUAGAUGAGUCAAAGAAUGGUUUGCGACCAUCUUUUCUAUCGGCACGUGUCACCAGAUCAACCAGCGAAAGGGACGGGGACUCGGCAACACUUGCGGGACAGACGAAACCUCUGGAGAGCACUGACAUUCCCACUGCUAGACCAAGGCAAAGGCCAUCCAUGACAGCGCCAACAGAACAUUCUCUCAUGGGGGCACCAGAAAAACCAUCCAGGUCAUUUGAUGGCAUUUACACGAGAGGAGCAAAGAGUGAACAAAUUCCUGAAAACCUUGGAAUGACACCAGAUGAUCUUGAUAAAAUUUUCACUGAAGAGAAACCAGUGGAUCCUUUCCCAAGUUUGAACGGUUAUGAGACGAACAAAAGUGUCGAUGAAUUUAGACCAAUCAGCCCGGUGUUCAAAAGACAAAAUUCAUCAAAACGAAUUUCAAAACCUAUUUCGAGACGUAACUCUCAGAAAGCUUUAACAUCUCAGCAGGAAUUAAAUGAACACAAAACGACCAAAGUUCAACAAGAACUCGAAACCCAGAAUAUUGUCAUUGAUUCUUUCACACAAAGGCAUCCGGCUGAUGGGAAGGCUCAAGCCCAACUUUUCGAUGGAGAAGAUGCUUUUGCAGUAUCGUCCACUUUCCCAUCUUCAGAGACGCUUCCUGUUGUGACGACGGAACAAUCCCCACAAGCAGAUGUGUUGUCUGCGAGAAAUAAACCCAAGAAAGCUUUGUUGCCACCUUCUAUGUCUCAGCUUGUCAGUCCUCAGGUUAGCAAUGGAGAUGACCUUGACUCAGUGUCAUCCAGGCCACAUCCAGUGAAGCCCAUGCAUUCGCUUGAAAAUCAGCAAACCGUGAGCACUUCGCUACAGAAAAACUUGCAUCUUCAGAAAGGAACAGCUGGAAAGGCUGCUGGCAUGGCUGACAGUGGACCGUUCACUCAGCUUACCCAUGAAGAGUUGAUCACGCUGGUCGUUAGGCAGCAAGCGGAUCUGUCCAAGAAAGACUGCAAAAUCGGUGAGCUUGAAGAGUACAUAGACAACCUGCUGGUGCGCGUCAUUGAGGAGAAGCCUGCCAUUCUACAAGCCAUGAACGUUACCAAGCCAACGUGA